AUGGCCAAGGGCGGUUUUCUUAACUCAAAGUGCCCGAACGUGGCACUUCACUGCAAGAGCUGCGCUCCCGCCCGCACACGUCAUCCUGUCAAUCACGAGGAGUGGCUUCGCCUACUCUGGAAGCAGCUGAAACAGUCUCUCGACGACGGGAUCAGGCCAUUGGGGGAGGGUGGUGCGCGGGGUGUGCUCUUCCAAGUGACCCUACUUGCGCAUGGCUACACCUUUGUCAGCAAGGGCACGGUGCGGGCUUUCAUCAGAGAUCUCGAGCACGAGGCUGCUGUCUACGAGCGUCUCAAGCCGAUCCAAGGCGUCUGCGUGCCUGUCUUCCUGGACAGGUCGCUCAAAGACGAGGCCAUUCGGUCCUUAAGAGCCAUGCAUCGAGAGGGCGUGGUCCACAAAGAUGUGAGGCUUGCAAACAUGUUAUUCAAUCCUGAGACCAACAGGGUUAUAGUGAUCGACUUUGAACAGGCUUUGCUACUCAAGCCGGCUCGGCGUCCAUUGGCGCAGCUGGUGCCGAACAAGCGAGCGUGGAAGUCGGAGACGAUGGAUGCCAAGAAGGUAACUGGUGAUUCAAGCAAGCGAAGUCAGGCAAGUCAAAGCUUUUCAGAGGAUAUUUGGUUGGCAAAGACGGCAUUCUUAGAGUGGAAUGCUGACCGAUGGACACGAGUCGCGAGAGCGCCUUGCUAGCAAAUCUACAGCCAAUCACCCUACACUUCUA